ACACCCAUCUCCCCAACCCCUUCACCUCUGCCCCUCUCCCUCCACCCGAAACACUGGAAAUCCACAAGCGGCCGGAGAGCGGCGAAGGGCCGGCGAAGCUGGGGGUGGUAACGUUACCGGACUCGCCGGGAGUCGUAACGGCUACAGACAAGCUCAGCCGUGGGGACCUACCGACAAGUAUGGACGGGCUGGCCGUGGAAGUUCGCGGCUCGAAUGGGGCCUUCUACAAGGGUUACAUCAAAGAUGUCCACGAAGACUCACUCACAAUUGUUUUUGAAAACAACUGGCAGCCAGAGAGACAGUUGCCCUUCAGCGACGUGCGGUUGCCUCCUCCAGCCGACUACCACAAGGAAAUUGGUGAAGGAGAGGAGGUGGAGGUUUACUCCAGGGCGAAUGAACAGGAGCCAUGUGGCUGGUGGCUGGCCAGGGUCAGAAUGAUGAAGGGAGAAUUCUAUGUGAUCGAAUACGCGGCAUGCGACGCCACAUACAACGAGAUUGUCACGGCAGAGCGCAUCAGGCCCCUCAACCCCAACAGCCCCUCCUCUCGAAACUCUUUCCACAAGGUCCCCAUCCCUGUCCCAGAAGACCUGAGGGACAUCUGUGAAAACGACAACAUUCACAAAGACUUCAGGAAAGCGAUCGGAGCCAACUGCAUCUUCUACAGUGCCCAAACACACGAACUCAUUGUGCUGUCUACAAAUGAAACCACAGUAAAGCGUGCCACUCUCCUGAGCGACAUGCAUUUCCGCAGCAUCCGAACCAAGCUUAUGCUAAUGUCCCGCAACGAAGAAGCCACCAAACAUCUGGAGACAAGUAAGCAGUUAGCGUCAGCGUACCAAGAGGAGGUGAGGGUCAGGGAGGACCUGAUGGGCCUUGCCAUUGGCUCCCAUGGUGCCAACAUCCAGCAGGCGAGGAAGGUACCCGGUGUCACAGCUAUUGAGCUGGAGGAGGAGAGCUGCACGUUCAGAAUCUAUGGAGAGACCCCAGAGGCAGUAAAGCAGGCUAGAGAGUAUCUUGAGUUCAAAGAAGACUACUUUCAGGUACCCAGGAACCUUGUAGGCAAAGUCAUCGGCAAGAACGGCAAAGUCAUCCAGGAGAUCGUGGACAAGUCGGGCGUGGUCCGCGUCAGGAUCGAGGGAGACAACGACAAAAAGCUUCCCCGGGAGGAGGUAGGCAGGCAGGGGGCAGGCAGGGACGACACUGCCAGCAGCAAAGAGGGCAUGGUUCCCUUCGUGUUCGUGGGAACUAAAGAGAACAUCAGCAACGCUCAGGCUCUGUUGGAGUACCACGUGUCCUAUCUGCAGGAAGUGGAGCAGCUGCGCCUUGAGCGUCUCCAGAUCGACGAGCAGCUCCGUCAGAUCGGGGUUGGGUACCGCGCGCCUCCUAGUCGGACCGGGGGCCCAGGUGCUGAACGGGAGAAGGGCUACUUGACCGAUGAGAGCAGCAACUCACUUCACACCUCUCGCACCUACGGAGGCCGCGGCAGAGGACGCCGAGCCUCCAACAGCCAGUACUCUGGAUAUGGCACCAACUCUGAACUGUCGAAUGCUUCUGAGUCGGAGGAUGUUGGCGAGCGAGAUCAGCGGCCCCGUGGCAUAGGCGGCGAUGAGAGAGGCUCCCGACGGGGCGGCAGAGGCCGAGGCUCUAACUCCGGCCGAGGACGUGGGGGGCCCGGAUCCAAGCCUUCCAACUCCAUCAGCUCAGUGCUGAGGGACCCGGACAGCAACCCGUACUCGCUGCUGGAGGGUGAAGGCGAGUUGGCCGACACAGAUAUCAGUGAAGGCAUGGGAGGAGACCGCCGUAGACGCUCCAGACGCCGCCGCAACGACCAAGAGCCCAGCGUGAUGGACGCUGCUGCAGAGUCGGAUGGCCAGGCGGGCCCCAGCGAGAACGGACUGGAUGAAGAGGCACGACCUCAGCGCCGCAACAGAAGCCGCCGUCGUCGUAACCGUGGCAACCGCCCAGAGGGAGGUUCAGCCAGCCGUGACAGACAGCAAGGUGACAGUGUGACUGUUGCUGACUACAUAUCCCGUGCUGAGUCCCAGAGCAGACAGAACCUGCCCCAGAAGGAAAACCAUGCUGGCCCCGAGCCCAAGGAGAACGGGACCAGCGCCACGAAGGAUGAGCGAACGCCCUCCAAGGGUUCCCCCAACAAAGGCAUGAGCUCGGCCGGCGAGACCUUGACCCUGGUCAACGGGGUCUCGUAAAGAGACGGCCCUGCCCCUCGCGAACCCAAGUCUAGAGCAAGACUCCAUGGCAAACUCUGUCCCUGCUUGCAUUAACUUAAACCUUAAACAGAUGAGUGAAAAGUACCUGACAAAAUACCUGAAUUCAUACUACGAGAGUGAAAAAGUACAAAAAAACGACAAACGCAUCUACUUAAAAACACACGUUAACGGUGUAUGCUAUCCUAUCUAUCAGUACUUAGUGCUUAUUUAAAAAAACAACUAGCUUGCCAAAAAAGAGCUGGUGGAUAUGACUUGAUUUUUAAAAAUACUGAAAUACAAGAAACAGGACGAGACUUUUUUUUUUUGUUUUGUUUUUUGAAACGGUUGUCUUUAUUUGUGUCUUUUUUUUUCUGUUAAUUUUGUUCAUUGUUUAUCACUGGUUUGGACUUGGUGGUCGCUCUCUCUCAACCAAAACAGACGCGUCUCUUUAACAGUGUUAAAGUACAGACUCGAGAGAUGUAGGCUGUAGGGAGUGGCAUUACGAGCAGACAGUCCAAUAGCUUACGUGACGCGGCGUUCGCACACUGAACCUGGGAGCGGAGACAGACAGAUUGGAAUAUUGAUAGACAUUGUGCCUUGAAUUUGAAAAAAAUAAUAAUUAAAAAAAAACAGUUUUUUCCAUUAAGUUUGUUUUUGUUUCCUAAGUGGAAAAAAGAGGGAGAGGUGUUCUUCCAAUUUUUUUUUUUUUUUUUUGGUUCCAAGAGGAGAAAAGAGGAUACAGAAAUGGAAAGAGUGGCUGGCCAACGUGAGGAAAAACAAGUCUGGUGCCAAAAUUCAAGGCGCUUGUCCUCAUUCCGAGUGGACAGCGUCGGGGUCAGUGCGUGCGUGUACGUACGUGUGUUUGUGUUUGAGACAUUUGGCAACCACAAAAACUAAACCGGGAGGGGUGAUGUGACGUAACGCAGCCCUGGGCGGGGUCGCGCGCUGAGGCAUCUCUAUUUAUCAACAGGACUGAGGGGGGCGUCUUCCUCCUCUCACCUGUUUGGGGGUCUUCUGAGGGUCCAGGGUGGCUCCCACACAGCCUUGUAAACCAGGACAGGCUGAGACCAGACAGACGGCAGACUUGAACUCUAGAUUUAGACUUUAAGAUACCGUGCCUCUUUUCUCUGUGUCGGAGGGGGGCGGCGGUGCUAGCUUCCAGCCACACUAGUGUCUUGAUAAAAAUGACAAAAAAACAAAAAAAAAAAACCAACAACCACUGCAGCGCACAGCUCCGGACGCACACGAGGGCGAUCACCUUUCUGGGACGGGUGCUGCUAGUGGGAAAAAGAGUGGGAGGGGAGGGGCCCGGAACUUUGUGGGAUUGGGACAGCUUCAAAUGACAUGAGAGCCACAUGACACACAGGCCCACACUUACAGGUUACAUACACACACACACCAGGCGCGUGGAAGUCGCCCGCACGGCGCAAAAGCAGAGGACCGCAAAAAAAGCGAACAAAACAAGCGAGGUGUCCGUCUUGUACCUGGCAGUUUGGGGUUGGCAAAAGGAGUAAGAGAGGGGGGACUCGAUUAAAAAAAAAAAAAAAAAACCCUCAGUGGCUCUCUGCUCAUGUUGUUACUGUUGUCUUGGUUACCGCUCUCAAGUUUUUUUUGUUGCUAUUUCCACAUCUUAGAAAAAUAUGAAAUAAAAAAUUGAAGUGAAAUCAA